UUGCGGGCUUACCAAAUAGAGGCCCAAUCCCAUCCCGCAGCAAGCCUUUACAGGCCAGGCCCGCGGUACAGGUCCUUGAUUGCUAUCCCUAUUGAUGGGUUUAGCUAGCUAUUACGAGUGUCCAAAUCCAAUUACUAUAUUAUUAAAGACUCCGAUUUAAUUGUAUCACUAACCUCCGGAUCUCAACCAGAGCUUUGAUUUGAUCCGACGAAAAUAAAAAAUAUAUAUCCUCUCGACAAAUACUAUAUGUAUAUCGUUGUAUUAUGUGUGUUCACAUGCACAUAUAUGCUCCUCGAAUGCAUGUAUGGUGUGAGGUGUGAGCUGCUACUUAGGCUGUAUCGAUGUGAAUCUAUUAAAUUAUUGUAUGUUAACCAAACAAUCAAUGAUGAGAAUUAGGAGCAAGAAUCACAUCUUAUAUAUAUAGGUAGUAAAUAUGAGCUUUGGGAAGUGAUCUGAUGAUUAGUAAGAUGGACCCAGGAGAAAAUGAGGUGGUAUUGAUGAAUGAAGCCAUGGAUGGUGAUGAAUCUUUCAUUGAAAUCAAAAUCAACCAACCAGCAACUGGAAUGAGCAUAUCUUCUUCUUCUUCGUCUUUUUCUCCUUCUCCAAGUAAUGAAAUGCAGACGACGGCGAUCUUCUCAUCAGCCUCUAGCUGCUUCUCUGCAUACAGCAGCGUGACGACGAAGUUGAUGAUGAAACUGGGGUGUUUGAGUGUAGUGGGGGUCAUAAGGGAGAAAGUGAACGUGGGAGAGAAGUGGGUCCUCAAAGUUAUUCACGGACGACGAAGCAAGAGCUCCCUUCAUUACUACUGCGAAGGCAGCACCAAUUACAGCGAGGAAACAUUAACGGACGACUCCCUCACGGCAGCCAUCGCGUACUGCAAUGCAUCCUCUCUCUCCCGUCUACAAACUUAAUACUCUUUCUAUAAUUGUUGUUAUUGUUGGCUAGAGACAAGAUUACUAAUGUCGGUAAUCACAUAAGAAACGGAUAUUUGGGUAUUGGUUCUCUAUUGGUAUCAGUAUCAUGUAUCAAGUCGUUUAAUAUUUAUCCCUUAAAGAAUACUCUCUCUCGUAUUGCAAUGUGUGAUAACCAAGCAAGAGACGUUAUAACGAACUGGACACGUCGAAGAAGGAAGAUAUGGACCGUAUGUUUCACUCUUCAUACAUAGCCAAUGUGAAACAUUAAUUCAUGCUUCCCAAGUCCUUUCAUGAGUAGGCUAGUUUAUUUAUCUUCGAAGUUUGACAUUGUACUUAAUUUACCACCGAAAUACCAGCACUGGAGUAGUUCUAGACGAGAAAAAAAAAACAUUUUUAAAAGGUUAGAAAUAAUACGGCAACAUUCAAUCUCCAAAAUCAUAUUGGAUGUCAAAAAAGAAAAAUCAAUAUUAAUUUUGAGUGUAUUACGAUAACAGUAUUAACUACAAAGUUACAUAGGUAUUAUAGUGCUAUGGAUUUAAAUUUUUGUGUGUUGCAGUUUGAUUAUGGAUAUGAAUAUGCACAAUUAUAACAUUUUUUUUUGUUCAAACCAUAAUUUCAUUCAAGUUCAAAGAUAACAAGGUUCAUUUACUCAUCCACACACGGAGAGUUCUUCAAAGCGUAAAGUGACGAUUUAUGGAUAUGAAUAUGCACAAUUAUAACAUAACAUUUAUAUAAACUUGAAUAUCUUGAAUCCGUAUUCAAUCCUACUUGUAUGCACAAAUUGUAAAACUUUAGGUAUGGUGAUUGAUGAUGAGGACUAUGGAUAGAGAAUGUUGUGUAAAUUCUCAGGGAGAGGUAAUAAUAGAGCAAAUGCCCAUCCUUUUUUUCUUUCCUCACUCACGUUUAUCUCUAUAUAAGUAGUUAAAGACUCUAGGUCACGAAGAGGAUUCUAUCCUGCCAAUUAUCUAAUAUGCAAAUCAAGAGGGCCUAAAUGGCCGAGAAUUGGGGUUUCCUUUGAGUAAAAAAGGUAAUCGCUUGGGAAUGCACACAAAUUAUUCACUGAAGUGAAGAUAUUUCCACAUUGAGACUGUAAACGAGUGAGUAUGUUUUGAUUAACAUGAAGGACAAAACUCAUUGCCAAUUCAGAUUCCGGUGAGUUGUCUAAAUAACCACUGCAUUCUUUCUUACGAUCCUUGUGGGUCCGUCUUUAAUAGUAGUUGUGUAUCAAUUGUCUCUCCUCCUCUUGCUAAGCUGUAAAACUUUAAAGAAACCGAAAAAGCAACACAUAUUAAGGGAAAUUAGACAGACACUUACUUGAACCUAAACUAUGGAUGGCGUAUAGAAAGAAGGAGGCAUGGGAUCGGAAAGUUUGCAACUUUAAAGGACGAUACUGAUCGCCUUCCGCCGUCAAGGAAAGCAUCACUGCCUGCCGCUCUAGCCUUCCCUGAUUUUGACCAUCCCAGAUCUAAGGUUUCUACCCUCAACUGAUUGGUUUUGUCUUUCCGAUCCUCCGCUCUUAGAAUAUCGAUAGUGAAACCAAUUUGACCAAUGCUUUGAAGUCUGAGAUUUGACGACUCAGACAAUCACUUCCGACUCUGUUACAAGUUACAACUUAACUUUCUGAGCUGAUAAAACAAAACAAUGCAUAACUGAGGUCGAAUCUAGUGAUUGUGUAGGUGAUAUUGAUGCAGGUGGCGAGGGCGACUGCUGCUAAAGCAAAACUACUACUCCAUGAGUUGAAAAAUGUGAAAGCAGAUCUUGCAUUUGUGAAAGAGCGCCGUGCUCAGCUUGAAGAAGAUAACAUACAUCUGAGGGAGAACCACCAUGGGAAAGGAAGCAACCCUGCAGUGCAGACGAAGAUUUGAUCCGGCUCCAGCUUGAGAGCCUACUAGCAGAGAAAGCACGGUUAGCUCAUGAGAGCUCAGUGUACCAAAGGGAGAACCGGAUCAUAAAAUACCACCAGCUCACAAUGCAAGACGAAGGCAGUGACGAGGUAACACACAAGUCUACCCUUUUGUACCCACUUUGAUGGCUUCACCUGUGAAGCUCAGACACUCUCCGAAUGAAGAAGAGCUUAUUAAAGAGAUUCUUCAAGUAGCUGAUAAUCACAUCCUUGAGAGCUAUGGAGGAAAUGCGUUUGCGGAUUCUUGAUUUUUUUUUUUUUUGCGCAAACUAUACUUGAUUAAACUUAAAAUAAACAACAGAGUACUUCACUCAUCCAACAUAGGAGAGCUAGAAAGGGAAUGUAAUGCUGCUUUUGCAAGAGAGUCAGCCAAAGUAUUUCCCACACGCGGGAUGAAUUUAAAGGAAAUAUUACUAAAAGAGUUGGAUA